AUGACCCAGACUGUUGAGGCUAGCUCUUCUUCAUCAAUCUUUGACAUCCGAUCAUGCACCAUACAAUCGGGCGAUACGGUAAUCGUUUAUCAAUCCAGAGAUAACCUCACAGCCAUUGUCGUCACCCCCGGCCAGCAACUCAAUACCAGGUUUGGCGAGUUCCCUCAUUCUGACAUGAUCGGUGUUCCAUUUGGCUCCAAGUGUCCAAGUCGUAAAGGGAACGGGUUCACGUACUUGCUCAGACCGACUCCAGAAUUAUGGACGCUAGCAUUGCCACAUCGGACCCAAAUCCUUUAUCAUCCAGACAUAUCUUUCGUUACCUCACAGCUGAAUAUCAAGCCCGGAUCGUAUGUUAUAGAAGCAGGUACCGGUUCAGGUUCAUUCUCGCAUUCGAUAGCCCGAACGAUCGGGCCCGGAGGCAAAUUGUUUUCAUUCGAAUUUCACGAAGAGCGGCACGCCAAAGCAGCUGCGGAAUUUCAAGCACACGGGCUAAUCUCAUCAGUAGGCGGACCGAUCCAACUAGCUCAUCGAAACGUGAUUCGAGAUGGAUUUGGUGAUCUUGAUGUUAAAGUCGACUCAGUGUUCCUAGAUUUACCGGCACCCUGGGAUGCUUUGGAAGAAUCGAAACGUGUCAUGAACCGCUCUCAACUUUCGCGUAUCUGUUGCUUUUCACCAUGCAUCGAACAAGUUCAAAAGACAUGUCAAACCUUGGAGUCAUUGGGAUUUUCUGACAUUAUCAUGUUUGAGACCCUAGUUCGGACCCACGAACCAGUGUCAGUCACGAUGCCCAAGGUGAAUGACGCUGUGCGACGGAUCAAGGAAGUGGAGAUGAAAAAACAAGCUAGACGGGAACGACAAAUCUCAGAAUCUAAGCAACGUAGACACACAGCUAAACCCUUGAAAAGAAGCCUUGAGGUUACUGAUGCCGCAGAAGAGCCGAACCUGAAGAAAUCCCGCGAUGAAAAUGGCGAUCUGUCGGCAGGUUGUAUCAAAUCUGAGGAACCGGACACGAUUAAAGUAGAAGAUACAAACCCAAUCGAAGAUAACAAACCAGUAGAAGAUACAAAGCCAGUAGAAGAGACCAAACCAGAAGAAGAUGCCAACCCACUAGAAACUACAACUGAUCAAUCACUCCCCGAGGUGCAGCAGACGGCCAUCCUGGAAACCUCGAAACCGGCGGGGAUGUCACGAGGACAUACAUCGUUUCUUACUUUUGCUGUUUUGUUGCCUUUGCCCAAGUCUCAAUGA